AAUUUAUAUAUUUAAAUUUAAAUAUUGAUUGGGGGAAGAAAAAGAGAAAUGGAUAAACAUCAUGAUCCCAAUCUGCAAGGACAUGUCAUAAUAGAAAAUAGGUAUACAAUUUGGGAGUCCAAAUUACUCCAUAUUUAUAUCACUUUUGUCAAAUAAUUUAUGAAUAGAAUUACCUAUUGUAAUCCACAACUCAGUCUAUCUUUCACCCGAGCCUCUCUACCUCUCACCAUCUCACUUCCGACAAUUCUUACAAAGACGCAAAUCACAAUCACCUUCGAGGCUUAGACUGGUUCUUCUUUUGAAUUUCUGGUAUUGAAUUUUUGUUCUUUUUUGUUAAUGGUCAGCUGAGUCUUCUUUUGCUGAAUGUGAAUGGAGAUUUUGUGAUAACGGGUAAACGGGGAUGUUGUCACUGUCCAAUCCAAGCUUCUCUCUGAAGCAGCUUCCUACUGUUGUGUCAGCUCGUCCAAUUUCUAGUACAAGGUUCAGUUUCUUCAGUCUCAUUGAUCAUCCACAAAGAAUUAGCUUGGGGUUUCAUUUUUCUGGUAGCUACCAAUUGAGGGCUCGAGUAAGAGAAUUGGCCCGAGCUGCACUUUGGGAAGAUCCUGAUAAUGAGAGUGAGAGUGAUUAUGAGUAUGAGGAGGAAGAUGAAGGGGAAGAAGGGGAAGAAGGUGAGGAGAGUUGCAGUGAAUUGGAAGCAGGGAGAGAUAGCAGCAUGCUUGAGAACAGUAUCAAUGGCAUAUCAGAUAGCAACUAUGAAGAGGAGCUUGUGAAAGAAGUUGAACUGCUUUUGGGGCCAGAAGAAAGAGCCACUCUGCAACAAAAUGAAACUCCUCAGAUGGACAAAAUAUUAACUGAAAAAUGGAACCCUAUUCAUACUCUUGCACUAGCAGGGCAGAUGCAGUUUAUGGACCAACUUCUUGGAAAUGGCCUCAAUGUGGAUAUGAUUGAUAAGGAUGGAAGGACUGCACUUCACUAUGCAGUUAUUGGUAAAAGAGAGGCUGUCAUAAGUCAUCUUCUACGAAAAGGCGCCAACCCUCAGGCUAGAGACCUGGACGGUGCCACGCCACUCCAUUAUGCAGUUCAAGUUGGAGCAAUGCAGACUGUCAAGCUAUUGAUUAAGUACAACGUUGAUGUCAACAUUGCUGACAAUGAAGGCUGGACAGCACUCCAUGUCGCUGUACAAAGUAGAAACAGAAACAUAGUAAAAGUUUUGCUAGUCAACGGAGCAGACAAGUCGAGGAGGAAUAAGGAUGGGAAUACAGCCCUUGAUCUGAGCUUAUGUUAUGGGAAAGAUUUCAAGUCAUACGAUCUAGCCAAGUUAGUAAAGCUUGUACCAGCCGAGAGUGCGCCAAUAUUUGGAUGAAGCCAUUGCAGAACUUGCAAGUGCUAAUCAACAUUGUACGGUCAGGGAGAUCGAUAACAGGACGAAAAUGGUUAAGAUUCUGAAAGUCGCCAUUGUUGGCAACAGAAGAAUUUUGGGUUAAGGACUGAAACAGAUUAUAUGAUGGAAUCUGAAAAUCUCUGAUCGGAAACAGGAGAGUUUCCGGUGGCAUCAACAGAGGGAUCUUCAUCAAGAAAAUAAUCGUCAGAGGAGUUCGAGGAGUCUAAUGAAACUGGAUUAAUGUUGUCCAUGGGAGAAUUAAGGAUGGUUUCUUCUGAACUCUAGAGGUCUCAUUAAGUAGGAAUUUUCAAUGGAAGAGCUGGUUUUUUUUUUUUUGGGUGAACUGGAAGAGCUGUUAUAGAUGUUGUUGUAUCAUGCGACUUGCUAGAUAAUGAUAGUGCAAUACAAAAAUUAAUUAAUUAA